AUGGGGCUCAAGCUGGGCAGCUGGGUGCCUCUGGGGCCCCUCUUCUCCCUGCUCUUUUCUACUAGCAUGGCGUACAUCGCUACCAGAGAAAACUGCUGCAUAUUAGAUGAGCGAUUUGGUAGCUAUUGCCCAACUACCUGUGGCAUUGCAGAUUUCUUUAAUAAAUACCAUCUCACUAUGGAUAAUGAACUGCAGGAAAUUGAGAGACUUUUGCAGCAAAUCACUAACUCCACAGUAACAACAGAGCAAUUGAUUCAACACAUCCAAACCAUCAGUCCUCCUGAGAAGCAGACACUACCAAGUUUAAGUGGUAGCUUUGCUCAAAAGUCCAGGAAAAUAAUUGAAGAAAUUAUCAAAUAUGAAAACACUAUUUUGUCUCAUGAAAAUACUAUACAACAGUUGACAGAUGCACAUAUAAUGAACAGCAACAAGAUCACACUACUAACACAGAAGAUUGCUCAGCUUGAAGCACGCUGUCAGGAGCCAUGCAAAGAUACUGCUGAAAUACAAGAGAUAAGUGGAAGAGAUUGUCAAGAUAUUGCAAAUAAAGGUGCCAGAAAAAGCGGUCUUUACUUCAUCAAGCCUCAAAAAGCCAAGCAGAUGUUCCUGGUCUAUUGUGAGAUUGACUCAUAUGGCAAUGGAUGGACAGUAUUACAGAGGAGACUGGAUGGGAGCGAGGACUUCAAGAAAAAUUGGGAACAGUACAAGGAAGGAUUUGGACAUCUAUCUCCAGAUGACAGCACAGAGUUCUGGCUGGGCAAUGAAAAGAUUCAUUUAAUAACUACACAGUCUACUCUGCCGUACACCUUACGAAUAGAACUGGAGGACUGGAGUGGCAAAAUAGGCACUGCUGACUAUGCUUCAUUCAGAGUGGGAAAUGAAGAAGACAAAUACCGGUUGACCUAUGCCUACUUUAUUGGUGGUGAAGCUGGGGAUGCCUUUGAUGGCUUUGAUUUUGGAACUGUAAGUGACAAAGCAUCCACCUACCAUAAUGGCAUGCAGUUCAGUACCUAUGAUAACGACAACGACAAGUUCGAAGGCAACUGUGCUGCAGAAGAUGGAUCUGGUUGGUGGAUGAAUAGAUGUCACGCUGGCCACCUCAAUGGCAAAUAUUAUAUAGAUGGUGUGUACACAUCUGAAGAUGCUGGUCCAGCCGGAUAUGACAAUGGGAUUAUCUGGGCAACGUGGCGUAGCCAGUGGUACUCCAUGAAGAAAACUGCAAUGAAAAUCAUCCCAUUCAACAGACUGUCAAUAGAUGGACAACAGCACAACUUAGGCAAGACCAAACAGGUUGGAGAUGCAUAAAUAGACAAUUUAACAAAGACUUAACAGGGAAAACAAGUCUUAUACCUGUGGGACUCUGAACCUACCUAACCUUCUUCAGCUCAGUUUUGACCAUAAAACACCUUUGACAGUAAAAUGUCCAAGCCUUUUCCCUGUGCAGGCCAUUACUUACCUCUGU